GUGAAUGGUGGUUGGAAACAUGUGGGUGUUAGUUGAACUCAUGUGAGGAUUAGGUUCAACAAAUUAUUGCCUCCAAAUUUUCUAUAAAUAGAACUCAUUUUCCAUAUCUCAUCCCAUAUCUCAUCUUCAUUUCCUAAAUUCGUAACUUUAUUUUUUUCAUCAUUUCAAUGGCACGCCGAGCAUGGAGCGAGGAGGAGGAGGAUACGUUGUUGACAAAUCUUACGAGCCUUGUCGAUCAGGGGGUUUGGCGAACCGACGACGGAGCAUUUCGCCCUUCCUACUUGGAAGUUCUAAAAAAUGAGAUGCGAGUUUCUUUCCCUCAAGCAAGUAUAAACGAAAUUCAUAUUGAAGGAAAGAUCAAAAAAUGGAAGAGUGAUUAUCGCAAACUAGACGCUAUACUUAGGCGUCCUGGGUUCGGGUGGAAUCCAAAUGAAAAUAAACUCGUGGUCGGAAAUGAAACUUGGAAUGAAUUUGUCCGAGAUCAAAGACAUCUGAGACAUUUCCGAGACAUGCAAUUUCCCCAUUUUAAUCGAUGGGCUUAUUGCUUUGUAUCUGAUGAGAAUUAGAAGUUCGAAGUUUAAGGCAGGCAUUGGAAGAAUAAAUUGAAAGUUGUGAUACUAACUGGAUUGACGAAUAAAUUUGUAGUCUUUCUUAUGAAUCGCAAGUAUGUAAUUUUAUUUGAGAUUUAGUACCGUUUCUCAAAAUAAUACAAUCUUCAUUUCCAAAAUAGUUUACAGUCCUCUCAACCUACUUCAUCCAAAUUCUUAAAAGAAACAUACAACUUCAUUCCGAAUCGAAAAGAUGUGCCAAUAAAAUACAACAUACGAAACCUAACAAAAAAAUUACAACA